AUGAUUUGGUUCAUAUUCCUGCUGGUGAUUCUUGUCACUGGCACUCCCGACAUUGAUGCUCCUCAAGAUAAUCCCCCCGAAACUCAUCUCCCCAUCACAGACCUCACCUUCAUCCGCACAUGGGCCGCCAUUGGCGACAGCUACACAGCAGGUAUUGGCGCCGGUGAUCUGUGGUCUGACAGAAAAGAGGACUACAAAUGUUCCCGCUAUGACAAGUCGUAUGUAGCCCUCCUGAAGCAUUUGUUGGGUCCACAGGUGGAAAAAUUCUCGUACAAAGCAUGCAGUGGCGCUCGCACUGGCGACAUCUACAACCAGGCCCGGGAGCUUGAUAAAUUCCACGACCUCAUAGUCAUGACUGGUGGAGGAAACGACUUGUGCUUGUCCGAUAUUAUCACCACCUGCAUCUUUCUCCCUUUCAACAACGAAGAAAAGUGCCAGAAGGUCAUUGAGUUGGCUCAAUAUAACAUCAAGCAGAUCCUCAAGUCCAACGUUCGCGAAGUCCUUGAGGUCGCUGUGGGCAAGGUGAAUCAGUUUGGCAUCAUUAUCUAUGCCCUCUACGGCCAGUUCUUCAACACGGAGACCGAUGACUGCGAGAAGAACCAGGACUGGGCCUUCCCUGGUCUGGCUCCAUUCAAUGCAUUACCUUUGACCCGCGAGCGUCGCCAGCAAUUCAAUCAACUGGUUGUCGACACCAACAAGGUCAUAAAGCAAGCCAUCGAUGAUUUCGUCUUGGAAAAAGGAAAGUACUUCCCAAGAGUGCAUAUCCGUACCGCCGAUUGGGAUGCCUUCAUGAAAGACGGCCUCAAAGGACAUUUCUGCGCCCCUGAAUCAACAGGAAAAUAUCCCGAUCUCAUGCAGCCCAACUUGCACUUCUUCAAGCCCGACACCUCCAUUGAACGCCACACGGAACUGAAAGCGAAGCGCGACAACAUCACCGACACAUCCACCUCCUCCUCCUCUACCGACGACCCUCUUUCCUCAUUCUACAACUCCGUCCUCUUCCGCUCGCCCAACCCCCCGGCAGCUGCCCUCCACAAGCUGAACCCCCGCGACCCCAAACCCCCAGGCUGCCCGGGUGACGGGGGUGUAGGAUUCGGGCUCCCCGACCGCUGGGGCAAGUACUUCCACCCAAACGAGCUCGGCCACAAGACCAUUGCCUCCUUCGUGCUUGACGGCAUAUUUGCCUCACGGGCUGAUUUCCUCGGCAGGAAGAACCCCAUCUGCCAGCACAGUUUCGACGAAUUCCGAUGCUGGCAACAAGACGGCCGGAAAGACUACGCAAGCGCGGACCUCCUAAACAAAAACUACAAGACCUACUGCAAGGAAGUAAAGCCUCCCAAGAAAACAGCAAACUGGAAAGACGAGCGCUGGUUCAACCAACUCACCCCAGAAACGCACUACUUCAGCAUCCAACUCAGCGAUGGUGCCACUCAGUUCGACUACGAACACUGCAUCGAGUCCUUCGAACGUAUCAUCAACUCCUGCGACGGCAACGAACCGGAGAACCCGCUGAAUUGGAAAUUCGGGGGUCGCUGGACUCGCGGGAGCUAUACUUACGAAGUUAACGUUCAGAACUCGUUCAAGAGACCUUGGCCGCCGACGAAGGAAGUUGGAGGGUUUUGCGAUAGUAGUUUUAAGAGGUUUUUCCAAAAAUAUAAUAUGAGAGGGAGGGGAUGGGCGACUUGGGAUGCGGGCCAGGAUACGCUCAAGCCGGCUAUUACAAGCUGCGUGGGACUGGGACUUACGGGGUGGGACUUUAAGUAUUUGGAUGAGCCGGACUCUGAUGGGAAUGAGUGGGUGGCUAGUUUUAAUACGCCUAUCUUGACGGGUCCUCGGUGCUUUGAUAAUAAUCGGGUGCAGUUCAACGCGGGGGGUUUCACGCGGGGUUGUCAUGGGGUGCAGCGACAUGAUGCUUGA